AUGUCUGACCCCAGUGCCUGGCGCUGGCUCAGCUCCGGGUGCCCGCCGCUGCCGCCGCGCCGGGGCGCACCCGCUGGCUGGCUGUCGCACGGUCCCCAUUGCGCCCGGGACUCCCGGGCUUGGAGAAGGAAACCUCCUGGGGCGGCGCGCCACCUCCGCCUGGGGAGGCUUUGAUGAGACCGGGUUCCUUCAGCUGCCACCACUGCUUUGGGGCAGACGAGAAGGCGCACGGGGCCCAGGGCAGGGCGCAGGGACCUGGAGCGUGACAACAAUGUGACUCCACUGCCGGGGAUCCGAGAGCUUUGUGUGGACCCUGAGUUCCACCAGGUGAGAAGAGUGAUGACCAUCCUUGUCCUUACUAUGGUUAUUUCAUACUUCGGUUGCAUGAAGGCUGCGCCCAUGAAAGAAGCCAACGUCCACGGACAAGGCAACUUGGCCUACCCCGGUGUGCGGACCCAUGGGACUCUGGAGAGCGUGAAUGGGCCCAGGGCAGGUUCGAGAGGUCUGACAACGACGUCACUGGCUGACACCUUUGAGCACGUGAUCGAAGAGCUGCUGGAUGAGGACCAGAAGGUUCGGCCCAACGAAGAAAACCAUAAGGACGCGGACUUGUACACUUCCCGGGUGAUGCUCAGCAGUCAAGUGCCUUUGGAGCCUCCUCUGCUCUUUCUGCUGGAGGAAUACAAAAAUUACCUGGAUGCCGCAAACAUGUCUAUGAGGGUUCGGCGCCACUCCGACCCCGCCCGCCGUGGGGAGCUGAGCGUGUGUGACAGUAUUAGCGAGUGGGUCACAGCGGCAGAUAAAAAGACUGCAGUGGACAUGUCGGGCGGGACGGUCACAGUCCUGGAGAAAGUCCCGGUAUCAAAAGGCCAACUGAAGCAAUAUUUCUACGAGACCAAGUGUAAUCCCAUGGGUUACACGAAGGAAGGCUGCCGGGGCAUAGACAAAAGGCACUGGAACUCGCAAUGCCGAACUACCCAAUCGUAUGUUCGGGCCCUUACUAUGGAUAGCAAAAAGAGAAUUGGCUGGCGAUUCAUAAGGAUAGACACUUCCUGUGUAUGUACACUGACCAUUAAAAGGGGAAGAUAGUGGAUUUAUGUUGUAUAGAUUAUAUUGAGACAAAAAUUAUCUAUUUGUAUAUAUACAUAACAGGGUAAAUUAUUCAGUUAAGAAAGAAAUAAUUUUAUGAACUGCAUGUAUAAAUGAAGUUUAUACAGUACAGUGGUUCUACAAUCUAUUUAUUGGACAUAUCCAUGACCAGAAAGGAAACAGUCAUUUGCGCACAACUUUAAAAGUCUGCAUUACAUUCCUCGAUAAUGUUGUGGUUUGUUGCCGUUGCCAAGAAUUGAAAACAAAAAGUUUAAAAAAAUAAUAAUAAUAAAUUGCAUGCUGCUUUAAUUGUGAAUUGAUAAUAAACUGUCCCUCUUUCAGAAAACAGAUAAAAAACAAAAAACAAAAAAAAAACCAAAAAAAAAAAAAAAUCAAAAACAAAGAUUUGAACCAAAACAUUCCGUUUACAUUUUAGACACUAAGUAUCUUCGUUCUUGUUAGUACUCUGUUUUACUGCUUACUUCUGAUAGCGUUGGAAUUAAAACAAUGUCAAGGUGCUGUUGUCAUUGCUUUACUGGCUUAGGGGAUGGGAAACGGGAGGGGUAGAUUUCUGUUUGUUUUGUGUUUUAUUUUGUUUGUUUGUUUGUUUUGUUUUUUAGUUCCACCCGGAGUAGGGAUGGAGAAAAUUUCUUCACUAUCCAUUCUGGUUGAUAAAGCGUUACAUUUGUAUGUUGUAAAGAUGUUUGCAAAAUCCAAUCAGAUGACUGGAAAACAAAUAAAAAUUAAGGCAACUGAAUAAAAUGCUCACACUCCACUGCCCAUGAUGUAUCUCCCUGGUCCCCCAGCUCACUCUUCUGGCAUGGGUCAGGCAAAACUGCUUUUAUUGGAAAGCCCAGCAUUUGUUCAAAGCACAUUCUUUCCCUCCCUCCUCCUAUUUUGGUCCCUUUUUGUUUUGUUUUAAGAAAGAAAAUUAAGUUGCGCGCUUUGAAAUAUUUUACCACUGCUAUGAACAGAUGAACAACGGGUGUCAUUUCAUGACACUCAUGAAAAACAGUGAUUUUUUUUUAUUUUUAUUUUUUUUACCCUAAAGAGAAACAAAUAAGAAUAACCCAAAAUAUUCUUUUUUUUAAAGGCAUAAAUAUUGGGUAAAUUGUAAUACGGCCAAGCUAUGUUUGCAGAUAAAAGUUACUGUAUGCAGACAGAUACUUAGAUUAGAGCAGGGAACCACACUGCCAUUGAAAUGGGACUGAAUGGCCCCGUGGAGGCUAAGUGGAGCUGACAAACUAUUUCCUGGCAGUGCGGGAGGAAUUUCUGAGUGGCCAUCCUGAGGUCUAGAUGGAGGUGGGGAAUGGUACUUGCGACAUUCCUAAAUGAAGGCUCGGAAGCACCCUUCAGAGCAGGCUCUGGAAUGGUGUGUCAAGUUGCUUAGGCCUUCUGCUUUAAGUGCCUACAUUACCUAACAGUGCUCGAGAGGUUCUCAAUUAGAGCACCUCACUCAAAUCCAUUUAUGGCCUCCAUCCCAUUCCUAAAUAA